AUGUCCGCCUCCCUGCCUAAAUUUACCCGUCAAGUCAAAUGCCGUCUAUCGAUGGCCUACCUCCCGUUUCGCCGAGAACUCAAGUCCAUGAAAAUGCGACUCUAUCUCCGCCCAUCAAGCACUGGGCUUCCAUACAAACCCACAGACGAACCGUACGAUAUCAACUUUGCAUACCCCCUCAACCUCGACAUUCUGCAAACCCCCAAAAUCAAGCUCGUCCCUUUCAUCCCCUCCGUCCAUGCCGUCCCCUUCUACGCCGCCGCGACCAAAACCCCCGAGACGAUGCGCUUCAUCCCCUUCCAUUUCACCAAGCUCGAUGAUUUCCUGGUGAAUGUCGUGGGGCCCUUCCAAGCGAGCCCGGACUACCCUCUUCUCACCAUCAUCGACAAGCUCAAGCUCGAGCAGGGGGCGGAGGAAAAGGAUUGCAUCGCCGGCGUGAUUGGGUACCUCGGGUUGUCGACUAUGAGGAGAUCUUUGGAGCUGGGGCCGGUAAUCGUAUUGCCUGAGUACCAGCGCACGCAUGUGUCGACGCACGCUAUCGAGGCGGCGAUGCGGUAUAUCCUGGAGGUGCCUGCGCAAGGCGGGCUGGGCUGGAGGCGCAUGCAGUAG